CUUGUAGCCUUUUUAGAGUAGCCUAUAGUCAAACAAUAUUUUGACAACGUCAAGUUUCUUUAUAAACUCAUAACAAUAUCACAAGUAGUAGAAGUAGAUGUAACAAGUAGGACGGCUAGUAACCUAACAGAUUCUGACUAUAGCCUACACGACGUGAUGGAAUACUUUUUAACACACAUCCAUAAUAUUUUUUUCCAUUCUGACUCAUACAGUGGAUAGCCAAAUAAUUCGGGACUUCACUCCUCCUCUAAGGGAGCAUUUCCUCUGUUACAAUGACCGCUGGGGAAGAGACGCCUUGGUAGAGGAUCAUGCUGUGAUUCAUAAGGGAGUUAUAAUACAGACUUUAAAAACUCUGUAAUAAUGUUGCGCGUCGUAGUGGAAUCAGCCAAAGGCAUCCCCAAAAAGAAACUCGGAAACCCAGAUCCCAUAGCAGCGGUAGUGUUCAAAGGUGAAAAGAAGAAAACUAAAGCAAUUGAUAGUGAACUCAAUCCCGUGUGGAAUGAAGUGCUUGAGUUCGACCUAAAGGGCUCCCCAUUGGAUGCCUCCUCCUUUUUGGACGUGAUUGUGAAAGACUAUGAGACUAUUGGCAAAGACAAAUUUAUUGGCUCAGCUAAGAUCGCUCUCCUAGACCUGGCUCACGGUCACACCAAGUCCCUCCCAGCAAAGAACCUGUCCCUGGUCAAUGAGAAGAAACAGGACACUGGGGCGACCAUUAAUUUGAUGAUUGGGUAUGAGCCGCCAGCUAACACAACUCCUAACCCUAACAAUCAAACUGAUGAAGACCAGUCGUAUGGGGACACAGGUGGGGGUGAGGAAGGGGAGGAUGGGGAGGAGGGAUCCCUUGGGGGUCAGGUGGGGACCCCUGGAGUUCCACCCACACCUGGCCAGCCUGGUAACCCCAACCAGAGGCCUGUCCGGACCAGCCGCAAGAGACACCGGGCCCUGGCCAACAAGCCGCAGGACUUCCAGAUUCGUGUUCGAGUUAUCGAGGGCCGACAGUUGCCGGGAAACAACGUCAAACCGGUUGUCAAAGUGAACGUGUGCGGACAGACCCACAGAACCAGGAUCAGACGAGGAAACAAUCCCUUCUUUGAUGAGAUGUUCUUCUUCAAUGUCAACAUGCUGCCUUCAGAGCUUUUAGACGACUAUAUCAGUAUUCGGGUCUAUGAUUCCUACUCCCUCAGAGCAGACAGUCUAAUGGGGGAGUUCAAGUUGGAUGUUGGGUACAUAUAUGACGAACCUGCCCACGCCAUAAUGAGGAAGUGGCUUCUCCUGAGUGACCCUGAUGACUCGAGCUCGGGGGCCAAAGGUUACCUGAAGGUCAGCCUGGUCAUCGUGGGGACAGGAGACGAGCCACCGACUGAGAAGAGAGAGCGGAACGAGGAGCAAGAUGACAUAGAGACUAAUCUGUUGGUGCCUGCUGGGGUAACACUCAGAUUGGUCACUCUCAACCUGAAGGUGUACCGUGCAGAGGACAUGCCUCAAAUGGAUGAUGCGUUUGUACAGACUGUGAAACAAGUAUUUGGAGGGGAAGGCGAUAAGAAAAACUUAGUUGAUCCAUUUCUGGAGGUCAGCUUCGCUGGCAGGAAGCUGUGCACCAAAAUUAUCGAGAAAAAUGCCAAUCCUGAGUGGAACCAGCUGAUCAACCUCCAGGUCAAGUUCCCAUCCAUGUGUGAAAGCAUCAAGUUGACUAUAUUCGACUGGGAUCGUCUGACCAGGAAUGAUGUGAUAGGAACCACAUUUCUAAAUCUGACCAAAAUAGCCUCAUCUGGUGGUGAGAUUGAAGAUACACCUGCAGAAAAUUGCACCAAUCUGUCAUCUGAAGUGAACAGUGGGGAGGCGGAGGUGGGUUUCCUCCCAGCGUUUGGGCCUUGCUACCUAAACCUGUACGGCAGUCCCAGGGAGUUCACUGGCCUCCCAGACCCGUACGAGGAACUCAACUUUGGCAAGGGUGAAGGGGUGGCCUACAGGGGCAGAGUCCUCAUCGAGCUCUCCACUCAGCUGGAGGGCAAAGCUGACAGGAAGCUGGACGACAUCUCCAGUGAUGACAUCCUGGUGGCCCAGAAGUACCAGCGGAGGAGGAAGUUCUCGCUGUGUGCUGUGUUCCACAGCUCCUGCAUGCUCCAGGAGCCCGGUGAGCCAAUCCAGUUCGAGGUCAGCAUCGGUAACUAUGGCAACAAGCUGGACUCCACCUGCAUGCCGCUGGCAUCCACAACCCAAUACAGCUGUGCUGUGUUUGACGGUAACCACUACUAUUACCUGCCCUGGGCUGACACCAAACCUGUUGUCAUCCUCACAUCCUUCUGGGAAGACAUUAGCCACCGAUUGGAUUCAGUCAACAUCAUCCUCUACAUCGCAGAUAGACUGGAAUCCAACCUCACUUCUUUGAGAACAGCCAUCCUUGCCAAAGCCUCAGAGGUGCGCUUGGCUGAGAUCUGGCUCAAACUCAUCAACCACAUGAUUGAGGAUCUGAGCAACUUUCAGGUACCAGAGCUUGAGGGCAGGCCCAACCUGACGGCGCUGGACGUCCAGAUUAAGAAGCUGCGUGAUUCGGCGGUGGCCAGCAUCAGAGAGAUGGCCAAACACUUGAAGGAGGAGGCCACUGACGUUAUAGCCACUCUGACAGACAUCGAGGACUGGCUGGAGAGACUGAAACAGCUUGCAGAGGAGCCCCAGAACAGUAUGCCUGACGUGGUGAUCUGGAUGCUGCGUGGAGAGAGGAGGGUGGCGUACGCCCGUCUCCCAGCCAAUCAGAUCCUCUACUCCACCUACAGUGAGCAGGCCUGUGGGAAAUACUGUGGCAGGACCCAGACCAUCUUCAUGCAGUACCCCAUGGACAAAAACAAAGGUGUGAAGAUCCCUGUCCAGCUCCGUGUCAACAUGUGGCUGGGGCUCUCUGCCCACGAGAAGAAGUACAACAGCUUCUCAGAGGGAACCUUCAGUGUGUUCGCAGAAAUGUAUGAGAACCAGGCCCAGGUGUUUGGGAAGUGGGGCACCACAGGGUUGGUGUGUCGGCAUAAGUUCUCUGACGUGACGGGGAAGGUGAAGCUGAAACAGGAGCGCUUCAUGCCCCCCAGGGCGUGGGAGUGGGAAGGCGAGUGGUUCGUCGACCCAGAGAGAGGCCUGCUAACAGAAGCAGACGCGGGGCACACAGAGUUCACAGACGAGGUCUUCCAGAACGAGACACGUUUCAUUGGCGGGGAGUGGAAGCCUGCUGCCGACCCCUUCACAGACGUGAAUGGGCAGAAGAGCCAGAGUCCAGGGGAGAUAGAGUGUCCUGCUGGCUGGACGUGGGAGGAUGACUGGAGCUUCGACAGCAACAGGGCUGUGGAUGAGAAAGGUUGGGAGUAUGGCGUCACUAUUCCCCCCGAUGACAAGCCCAAGUCCUGGGGAGCAGCAGAGAAGAUGUACCACAUCCACCGCAGGAAGAGACUCUUACGACCACGCAGGAAAAUAGCAGACACUAAAGCAGCACCUGAGAGGCGGGAUCCCGGCGAAGGCUGGGAAUACUCGUCCUUGAUUGGCUGGAAGUUCCACAGGAAGGAGCGUUCGUCUGACACAUUCCGCCGUCGCCGCUGGAGACGCAAGAUGGCUCCGUCAGAUGGAAUAGGAGCGUCAGCCAUCUUCAAACUGGAGGGGGCGCUGGGGGUAGAUGUUGAUGAGAAGGCCAGUAAGAAGGAUGCAGCCAGACUGUUUGGUGCCAACACACCCACCGUUUCCUGUAACUUUGACCGGUCGUAUAUGUACCAUCUGAGGGUGUAUGUCUAUCAGGCCAGGAAUCUCAUCGCCAUGGACAGGGACAGCUUCUCAGAUCCCUACGCCCAUGUGUCCUUCCUCCAUGUGAGUAAGACCACAGAGGUCAUCAGGGCCACUCUGAACCCCACCUGGGACCAGACCCUCAUCUUUAAUGACAUCGAGAUCUAUGGAGACCCCCAGACCAUUGCACACAACCCCCCCAAUGUGGUGCUGGAGCUCUACGACAGUGACCAGGUGGGUAAAGACGAGGCCAUGGGCCGCUGUACGUGUCCCCCUGUGGUAAAGCUGAACCUCGGCACAGUGGUCUCCCCCAAACUGCUGUGGUUCCCCGUCACCAAGAAAGGCCGCAGCGCAGGAGAGAUGCUGGUGGCUGCCGAGCUAUUGCUGAAAGACAAGGCCAAUGAGAGUGACUUGCCCCUGGUGCCCCCCAGACGAGGAGCAACACUCUACAUGGUUCCCCAGGGAAUCAGGCCUGUCGUGCAGCUUACCGCCAUCGAGGUCUUAGCCUGGGGUCUGAGGAACAUGAAGACCUACCAGUUGGCCACAGUCACCUCUCCCAGUCUCAUGGUGGAGUGUGGGGGGGAGGUCGUCCAGACGGCCGUCAUCAAGAACAUCAAGAAGAACCCCAACUUCCCCGGAUCUGUCCUCUUCUUUAAAGUGCUCCUACCCAAAGAGGAGAUGUACACCCCUCCCAUCGUUCUGAAGGUGAUCGACCACCGGCCGUUCGGCAGGAAGCCCAUUGUGGGCCAGUGUACCCUCUCCCUGGAGGAAUUCCGCUGUGACCCUUACGUCACCAAUGCUGAGGUGGCCAUGUCUUCCAAAGUGGCCAUGAUGGCAGCAACUCAAGGAGACAUCAUCAUUAACAUGGAGGAUAGGCCCAUCCUCAAUACUGAGCUCCACAAAGAGAAGGAGGAGGAGGCAGUUGACUGGUGGAGUAAGUUCUAUGCCUCUGUGGGAGAGCACGAGAAGUGUGGGCCGUACCUCGAAAAAGGAUACGACACCCUAAAGGUGUAUGAAGGGGAGCUGGAGGAGGUCCCAGAUUUCCGAGGGCUGACAGAUUUCUGUAAAACGUUCCGACUGCAGCGGGGGAAGACUGAGGAUGAGGACGACGACCCCUCAGUGGUCGGAGAGUUCAAGGGCUCGUUCCGGGUGUACCCCCUAUCUGAUGACCCAGGGGUGCCAGCCCCACCACGCCAGUUCAGAGAGCUGCCUGAGAGCGGGUUGCAGGAGUGCCUGGUCAGGAUCUACGUGGUGCGAUGCAUGGACCUGCAGCCUAAAGACAACAACGGCAUGUGUGACCCUUACAUCAAGAUCUCUUUGGGGAAGAAAACAAAAGAUGACAGGGAUGACUACAAACCAAACACCCUCAAUCCAGAGUUUGGCAGGAUGUUUGAGAUGUCCUGUUUCCUCCCUCAAGACAAAGACCUGAAGAUAGCCGUGUACGACUAUGACUUGCUCAGCCGAGAUGAGAAAGUGGGAGAGACGGUCAUUGACCUGGAGAACAGACUCCUCUCUCGCUUCGGCGCCUACUGUGGCCUGCCACAGUCCUACUGCAUCUCAGGGACCAACCAGUGGAGGGAUCAGCUGAAGCCCUCCCAGAUCCUGGAGAACCUGGCCAGACUGAGAGGGAUCCCUUCACCCCGCACCUCUGCUGACAGCAGCACUAUCUCCUUCGGCGGGAGAGACUACAGCCUGCAGGACUUUGAGGCCAACAAAGUCAUCCACCAGCACCUGGGUCCAGCCAGGGAGAGGAUGGCCCUGCAUGUCCUCAGUAAACAGGGUCUGGUGCCAGAGCAUGUGGAAACCAGGACUCUCUACAGUACUUACCAACCUACACUGUCCCAGGGAAAGAUUCAGAUGUGGGUGGACAUCUUCCCCAAGAGCCUGGGUUUACUGGGACCUCCCUGCCACAUCACUCCACGCCAAGCCAAGAAGUACUUAAUGCGGGCUAUCGUCUGGAACACCACUGAUGUCAUACUAGAUGAGACCAGCAUCACCGGAGAGAAUAUGAGUGACAUUUACGUCAAAGGAUGGAUGCCUGGUAUGGAACAGGACAAGCAGAAGACAGACGUCCAUUACAGAUCCCUGGAUGGUGACGGCAACUUCAAUUGGCGAUUCGUCUUUGGCUUUGACUACCUGCCCGCAGAGCAACUGUGUCUCGUUUCCAGGAAAGAGCAUUUUUGGAAUCUGGACCAAACUGAGUUUCGGACCCCCCCAAAGUUGAUCGUCCAGAUUUGGGACAAUGACAAAUUCUCACUGGAUGACUACCUGGGCACAGUCGAGCUGGACCUGCUUCAUCUGAUCCCCCCUGCCAAGACCCCUGAGAAAUGCAGUCUGAAAAUGUUACCAGGGGUUACAGGCUCCACACCUUCCAAACAACCACCGCCCAACUCUCUGUUCUCCCAGAAGUCUGUGCGGGGCUGGUGGCCCUGUAUGAUCGAGCAGGACGGGAAGCACAUCCUGGGUGGGAAAGUGGAGAUGACCCUGGAAAUAGUGGAAGAGGGGGAGGUAGAAGAGAGGCCUGCUGGGAAGGGCCGGGACGAACCCAACAUGAACCCCAAACUAGACUUUCCCAAUCGCCCCGACACUUCCUUCUUCUGGUUCACCAGUCCAUGCAAGACCAUGAGGUUCAUCAUAUGGCGCAGAUUCAAAUGGAUCUUCAUUGGUUUGAUAGUCCUCCUGCUUGUGCUCUUGUUCCUUGGGAUCCUGCUGUACUCCCUACCAAACUACAUCUCGAUGAAAAUUGUGAAGCCUUUCUCUUAGGAGUUACUCUACGGGGCAGAUGAGUACUAUGCCCGUCUUCGUCCAAGGGAUAAGGCGACAGAAGUCUUGACACUCAGGCCCUCACAAACUCUAUGCAAUGUAUUCCUAUCAGCGUUGUCUUCAGAGUUGCAUGCAUUAUUUACAUUUUUACACUUUAUCAAUCAAGGCUACACUUCACUUGCAUUAAAUACUGUAGCUACACAGCCCUUUUAAUUGUACUGUACUUGUACUGUUCUUAUCUGUCUGUAUUUCCCUGAAAUACCAAAAGCAAAAGGAAAGGGAAAGGGGGUACCUAGUUAGUCGCAAAACUGAAUGCAUUCAACCGAUAAUGUGUCUUCUGCAUUUAAUCAAAUGCUAUUUUGUAUGCAUGCUUUACUAACCCUAAUAUAGAGAUUUUGUCAUCACUGACAGAACGAACUACUAACAACAAACACUGUUGUUGUGGCUUCAAACAAUGUCCCAACAUUCUAAUAAGCCACUUCCUUAGACACCGUACAAACAAUGUCCCAACAUUCUAAUAAGCCACUUCCUUAGACACCGUACAAACAAUGUCCCAACAUUCUAAUAAGCCACUUCCUUAGACACCGUACAAACAAUGUCCCAACAUUCUAAUAAGCCACUUCCUUAGACACCGUACAAACAAUGUCCCAACAUUCUAAUAAGCCACUUCCUUAGACACAGAACAAAGAAGGUCCCAACAUUCUAAUAAGCCACUUCCUUAGACACCGUACAAACAAUGUCCCAACAUUCUAAUAAGCCACUUCCUUAGACACAGAACAAAGAAGGUCCCAACAUUCUAAUAAGCCACUUCCUUAGACACCGUACAAACAAUGUCCCAACAUUCUAAUAAGCCACUUCCUUAGACACCGUACAAAGAAGGUCCCAACAUUCUAAUAAGCCACUUCCUUAGACACCAUACAAACAAUGUCCCAACAUUUUAAUAAGCCACUUCCUUAGACACCAUACAGACAAUGUCCCAACAUUCUAAUAAGACACUUCCUUAGACACCGUACAAACAAUGUCCCAACAUUCUAAUAAGACACUUCCUUAGACACCAUACAGACAAUGUCCCAACAUUCUAAUAAGACACUUCCUUAGACACCGUACAAAGAAGGUCCCAACGCAUUUCCAAGAAAGGGCAUGAGAUAAUGUCUUGGUUGCAACAAAAAUCCCAUUUAAUUUACACACCGAUUGUCUAGGUAUGUCACACAUAAAAAAUUAAGCAUGGUUUCCAUGUAAGCAUAGACAGUUUUACUAUAAAUAUUAAUUGGGAUCUAACUCAAAAAGGUACACAAAAUGAUUAAGGUAAAAUAGAUGAUUGUUUUGAAAUCAAAAGGUAAAUCCAAAGGUAUUAAUCCACAAAUGAAACAGUAUUAAUCACUCUAGUUUUUGAAAGGCAUUUUUCUAGCGGGCUUCUAUCCCGUUCUAUUUCGGUUCCACCAUAGAGGUAAAAAGAAGGCUCAUCAUUGUAUCUGUGCUAUAAUGGCUUCUGAGACGGGAUGGGCAGUGCAAUUGAGGGGUAUCUCCAUUUUAAAGUAACUGUCCAGUGAUACUCUCACUUUUAAAAUGUAAUGUUCUGAUAACUCAUACCCAAAUAAUGUUGUUGGCUCAUCCUAUACUCUUUUGUGGCCAAAGCAGAAAUUGGAGAAAAAACACUUAAAAAUCCCAACCUCAAACUUGUAUCUCAAACAGAAAAAAAUGCUUGCUAUUUCCUCAUAGAGGAUGAUGGCAUCCUCCUGACGAGGAUGAGCUGGCCAAUCAGUGGUCUACUCACAUUAAUAUUGGACAGUUACUUUAAAGUAGUCAAUUUCUUAUUCUACAUUUAUGAGUCAGUAAACAAACUAAAAGGGUGCGUACUGCCACCUGGAGUGUGUUGUCUGAACAGGUAUAAAGCCAAGGUUGGUGAUUUACUGCCAGCUGCAGUUCUGGAAUGUUUCCUCAGGAGUAUAAUUCAUUGGCUGAUCCUUCCUUAAUUUAACCCAUAGGAAGUCCCAAACAGUUGACUACUUUAAAAUGGUGAAAGCCCUCAAUGGCAAUGUUCAUGCUGAAACAGGUUCUAUCCAUCCAGAGUCCUCUUUCUACCUCUAUGGGUUCCACUGGCACAUCUUCGCUUUAACCCAUUAUAUUUCCAUAUAAACAGUUUCCAUACUGUGAAUAAUAACUUUAAAAUAUUUUCUUUUCACAUAGAAAAUGGCUCUAACAACUGUUGUGUUAAUAUUUCAUUCAUAUCAAUAGGCUUUUCUAUGUUUUAAUAAAGAACAAUGAUUAUGUACAA